CGGGACCUAUGCUUUCAUGUAAUAUAUGUUCUCUGCCUUUAUCACGUUCUAAUACUUUUCUCAGUAUGUAAAAACGAUUAAAUAAUUGUUAUAAAAUUCACAUGCUCGUUCGAUUACAACAAAUUUUAUUAUGAAUACAAGUUGGUCACAUACAACGGAGGCAUUAAAACAACUUAUCGAUUGUCUAUCCUGCUCAAAGUGCAAAAAUAAAUCUAUUUCACCAGUCAGAUAUCUCACUUGUGGCCAUUGGUAUUGCCCAGCUUGUGUUGAUUCAGCUACGUCUUGCUUCAAGUGCAAUGUUCCUGUUCAACCAAAUGAAAUACAGCCUGCACAUACCAUUGCAACACUUAUGCAGUGUUGUAAUACAAUUUCACAAAUAAUUGGACAAGUAGAUCCACAAAGCAAUGUUUCUGAUACUGUUGAAUUAUCAUCGAAACCAGCCUUGCCAACAACAUCAAAUUCUCAAUGGCCUUUUAGGAGAAAACAUACUAUUGUUGCUGCAAAAACUAUUCCUAAGAAUAUAAAUAAACGUAAUAUGAAAGGGGAAACAUCAUUGCAUACUGCAUGUGUGAAGGGUGACACUGAGUAUGUAAAGCUACUGAUAGACGCUGGUGCAAAUCCCAACACUAAAGAUAAUGCUGGUUGGACACCCUUGCAAGAAGCUAUGGCAAAUGGUUAUUACGAUAUAUGUGAACUAAUUUUGAAAGCUGGUGCUGCACCUGAUACUCCUGGACUAAAGAACAAAACAGCAUUACAUGAAGCUGUAUUGAAUAAUGACUGUGAUAGCGUAAAACUCUUAAUGAGUUAUCAUGCAAAUCCAAAUGUUUUUGAUGAGUUUGGUAAAAGACCAUUAGAUUAUUGCUGGUCAAAUGAAGUUCGUGAUAUAUUACAAGAAGGAGAGGCACCAGAAGAAAGUUUUGAUAAAUUGCAAAAUCUUAAUAGGACAUUGGAUCCAUCGAUUUCUUUAUUAAAUGACCAAUUCGUCGUAUAUCCAUCAAAUUUGAAUAGUGAUAGUCGAAAAUUGUUACAUCAACUUGCAUCAAAGCAUAACGUGAAAAUUGUAUCUAAUCUCAGUCCUUCUGUCACUCAUAUUAUAGUGGAUGUAAAUGAACAUGGAAUUACGAUAUUAACUUAUGAUGUUCUGUUUGGAAUAUUAUCUGGCAAAUGGAUUGUGGACAGUCAAUUUAUUAGACCUAGUUUGGAUAUAGAAGACUUAAACGCUAUGGAUAUGGCAUUAUUCGAAGAUAUUGGUGCUCCGAAUAUAGGCUCCUUCAAACGCGCACGAGAAAAUUCAAACAAGCAGAAACCUCGACUUUUUAAUGGCUGUUAUUUCUAUUUGGCUUUGAAUCCAAUGGACACAUAUACAAUAGGCGAUCUAAAAUUGACAAAACAAGAACUGAAAUCUUUGAUUAUAGCUGGAGAGGGUCGUGUCCUGCAGCGAGAACCAAAACCUGAAAAUAUAAAUGCAACUACCAAAUGCAUUCCAUUUCACGUGGCAGCAGAUAAACUUCAUCCACUUUAUAAUUGCUCCCAUUAUAUAAUUUACGUACCUAUACAAGAACCACGUUUCAAGUAUAAUAUGCCUGAAAUGAAGACUCUUCCAUUAACUUGGUUAAUCGAAUGUAUAGAAAAGUUUAAGCUUAUUGACCCAGCUGAAUUAGGGCUGUCAUAAAUCCGUCUCAACAGCAUCACAAUGAACUUCUAUACUAUUUCGAAUGUACGAAAUUAAAACUCAUACGAUUAUACGAUUAAGACGAAUUCCAGAUGAAUAAAAGCAGAACUGAAAGUUA